GGCCGGCUGGGUUCGCCCCGCCCCCAGCCCGGAGCGGGACCGGGAUCAGAACCGGGACCGGGAAUGAGACCGGGAUUGGGACCACAACCGGGACCGGGACCAGGAUUGGGACCAGGAUCAGAACCGGAACCAGGAUUGGGAUUGGGACCAGGAUCAGAACCGGGACCGGGAUUGGGAUUGGAACCGUGAUCAGAACUGGGAUUGGGACUGGGACCAGGAUCAGACCUGGGACUGGGAUCAGAACCGGGACUGGGACUGAGAUUGGAACGAGGAAUGGGACUGGGAUCAGAACCGGGACUAGGAUUGGGACCGGGAUCGGAACCAGGACCGGGAUUGGGACUGGGAUGGGGACCAGGAUCAGAACCGGGACCAGGAUCAGAACCAGGACCGGGAUUGGGAUUGGAACCGUGAUCAGAACUGGGAUUGGGACUGGGACCAGGAUCAGAACUGGGACUGGGAUUGGGACUGGGACCGGGAUCAGAACCAGGACCAGGAUGGGAACCAGGACUGGGACUGGGAUCAGAACCGGGACUGGAACUGGAACCAGAACCAAGUUUAGAACCGGAAAUGGGAUUGGAACCGGGAUUGGGACCGGGACCAGGACCAGAACUGGGACUGGCAUCAGGCCUGGGACCAGGAUUGUAAUUGGUACUGGGACUGGGAUUGUAACCGGGACUGGGAUCAGAACCAGGUUUAGAACCGGAAAUGGGAUUGGAACUGGGAUUGGAACCGGGACUGGAACCAGAACCAGGAUUGGGACUGGGAUUGGGACCGGAACCAGGACUGGGAUCAGAGUUGGGCUUGGGAUCAGAACCAGGAGCAGAACCGGGAUUAGGACUGGGAUUGGGACCAGGAUAAGAACUGGGACUGUGACUGGAACCAGAACCAGGUUUAGAACCGGAAAUGGGAUUGGAACUGGGAUUGGAACCAGGACCAGAACCAGGACUGUGACUGGAACCAGAAUGAGGUUUAAAACCAGAAACGGGAUUGGGACCAGGAUCAGAACUGGGAUUGGGACCAGGACCAAGAUCAGAACCAGGACUGGGACCAGGAUCAGGAUCAGAACCAGGAUUGGGAUCAGACUCAGGACUGGGACCAGGACUGGGAUCAGAACCGGGACUGGCACUGGGACCAGGAUCAGAACUGGCACAGGGUUGGGAUCAGAACCGGGAUUGGGAUGGGAGGGGACGGAGGUUCCGGUACUGGAGGGGAGGGACCCAACUGGGACAGGGACCGGGAUCAGAACCGGGAUUGGAUCAGAACCAGGAUUGGAACUGGGAUCAGGACCAGGACCAGGAUCGGAACCGAGAUUGGGACCAGCAUUGGGACUGGGAUCAGAACCAGGAUUGGAUCAGAACUGGGAUCAGGACCAGGAUUGGAACCAGGGCUGGGAUGGGACCAGGACCGGGACUGGGAUUGGGACUGGAAGCAGGAUUGGGAUUGGGAACAGAACCGGGAUUGGGAUUGGAACCGUGAUCAGAACUGGGAUUGGGACGGGGACCAGGAUCAGACCUGGGACUGGGAUCAGAACCGGUAUUGGGACUGAGAUUGGAACUGGGAAUGGGAGUGGGAUCAGAACCGGGACCAGGAACAGAAUGGGCUGGGACCAGGAUUGGGAUCAGGAUCAGGAUUGGGACCAGGACCGGGACCAGGACUGGGAUUAG